CGUUGUUCCUCAGUGAGGUAAAAGGAAGAUUGGUUACAUACACAGAGCGACGUAAGAGAUAAGUCUGAAGAUUCAGGUAUACGUGUACGGCUGGGCGAUCGUUCGGGGUAUUUUAGUGUUGUGUCGCCUUACCGCCAGACUGUCCGUUCGAAUCCGAUUCUCUCCGCCACUUAAAGUCCAGCGAGUGUCCGGAGACAAGUACAAGACGGAACUGCAAACAGCAUAAACGCCCCUUCUAUCACCGUACUCAAUCUGCAGUGACUCCAGAUGUCUGUUCAAUCUUCAGAGGCGGAUUCUCUGUGCGAACAAUCUGAUGGGGUGUACGAGGAAGAAAUCGAUGUGGAAAGUUUGGAGAAUUGCUUUUCGCAGGCCGACAGUCUGGGGUAUGCAGAGGAAGGGGAGGAGGAAGAAGGAGAGAGGGUUCUUGGCAGGGAUAAAAAGACAAAGAAGCCGGCCCCCGAGCAGCGAAGGCUGGCUCGGAGUCCCAAGUGCGCUCGCUGCAGAAACCACGGCGUCGUGUCCUGCCUAAAAGGUCACAAAAGGUUCUGUCGGUGGAGAGAUUGCCAAUGUACCAACUGUCUUCUGGUGGUGGAGAGGCAGAGGGUGAUGGCAGCUCAGGUGGCACUGAGGAGGCAACAAGCUAGCGAGGUUAAGAAAGGCGUGAGCGGCAAGGAGUCCACAGCAUCCGUCCGCAGAGCAUCUUACCAGCGCUAUUCUCGUUCUCCCAGCCUCCUGGCAAAAAACAUCCUGGAAGGUUAUCGCGCCCCACAGGACGACAGUUUAUUUUGUCCAAACCGUUUCGUACUGCCGCCGCUGAGUGAAAGAAUGAGGAAAAGGAGAGCUUUUGCAGACAAGGAGCUGGAAAGUGUGAUGCUGGAAAGAGAGUAUAGGGAGAGAGAAUUACAGGAACUAACCGCACUUCAAGUGUUCAUGAGACCCAGCGUGGAAACUCUACCCAAGUACAACCUUCUCCGGCUCAACUACAACCAAUUCUGUGAACCAACACAAUUUAACCCUUCCACAGCCAAGGAGUUAAUAAAUAUUUACAUUCCAUUUGUGCCCGCCAGCCCUGCCGUCUGGGACUUUUCAUCGCAGUGUUACCAAGGCAACGUUGAUCAAACCAGGGGUUCCUGUACAGCAAAUAUAGCAAGCUGCAUUUCUGAACACACAUCAGGCUAUAAUGCAAUAUGGGGGCAGAAGUCUACUACAGUGAACAGUUCAUUCUAUACAGACAACCCUACCAGCUUACCUGAACGAUUACAAGCUACGAGGACAAUUCUUGCACAGGGAAUGUUAGAUUCAGAGGAGACGUGCUCCAAUCACGGAGAGUAUUACACACAGGCAAAAAUCACGACAGGUUUUGACUCACUUUCCGAAAAUACAGCUCACUAUUUCUCUCAGAGCCAAACAUUACAAUGCCCAGAUCUGUCUGAAGAACUUGUUUCCUUCAGAAAUUACUUACCCCCAGGCUCCCAGGUAGCACCGGAGCCAACGAAUAAAUCUGUUUCAGACAGUUUCAUCGCUAGAGAAACUUUGAGACAUUUUGCAAAGAAAACACAGGAACAUUGUUCUCGCAGUCAAGCAAAAGUAACUAAACAGCUGCUACCAUUUUCUGUGGAAUCUCUUUUGAAAACAUGAAAUAAUGCGUCUGAUUUCAGUUUAAAAUAUCCCUUUUUAAUUACACAUUUCUUUCUUAGGUAAAAUAAAGAGCAAGAUUAUAUUGAUUAAUGCAGAUAAACGAGAAAGGAAGUACUGAUGUCAUGAACACAUCUAAAUAGUUUGAAAACGUUUUUAUCUGUUUAAUUGCUAUUAUUAAAAUAGUCUUGUGUUUCUUUUAUUGUCAAUUUAUAAAGUCAUUUAAUUUUCUUUUAAAUUCAUUUUAUA